AUGGGUGUCCAACAAAUUUUAUUUCCUAACCUGUCAUCUCUUCCUAUGUGUAUACCACGUUAUUAUGGCGGUAUCGUUCUUACUGGAAUGGGGUCUGUUGCAUUGAACAUGUAUUUUUCGAAGCAAGUGAUGAAAGCUCGCAAGGAACACAACGUUGAGUAUCCACUGCUUUACCACCCCACGAACACUGCAUUUAAUUGCAUUCAGCGUGGUCACCAGAAUUACUUGGAAACUCUUCCGCUUUUCCUGAUGCUCCUGUUUGUUGGUGGCUUGAGGUUCCCGCUUGUGGGGCCAUUUUUCUUCUUGGGAGAUUAUUAUACUUUAGAGGUUAUGCUACAGGCGAUCCAAGCAAACGAAAAGCUGGUGCUGUUUCUUACAUUGGGUUGUUGCCAAUGCUUCUCGGCACACUCGGUUUCGGCGUACAACAUCUUGUGGCUAGCAUCAGGUGCAAUUCUUGCGGUGUUCGUAAAUGAAUACUAG